AGCGCGGCCAUGGCGGCGGCGGCGGCGGCCCCGGCGGAGGCGGAGACCCGGCAGCGGCUGCUGCGCACCGUCAAGAAGGAGGUGAAGCAGAUCAUGGAGGAAGCUGUGACAAGGAAGUUUGUGCAUGAGGACAGCAGCCACAUCAUCUCCUUCUGUGCUGCUGUGGAAGCCUGUGUCUUACAUGGGUUGAAGCGGAGGGCAGCUGGAUUCCUGCGCAGUAACAAGAUAGCAGCUCUGUUUAUGAAGGUGGGCAAGAGCUUUCAUCUGGCAGAGGAGCUUUGCAAGAAGGUGCAAGACCUGGAGCAGCUUAUUGAGAAUGCACGAAAUCAAGUCCAAGGCAUCCCGGAGAAUGUGCGCAAAGUGCCAAAGCUGCCCAACCUGUCUCCUCAAGCCAUCAAGCACCUCUGGAUCCGCACAGCCCUCUUUGAAAAGGUCUUGGAUAAAAUCGUGCAUUACUUGGUUGAAAACAGCAGUAAGUACUAUGAGAAAGAAGCUCUCCUGAUGGAUCCUGUGGAUGGGCCAAUUCUUGCAUCUUUAUUGGUGGGGCCAUGUGCACUGGAGUACACCAAGAUGAAGACAGCCGAUCACUUCUGGACAGACCCUUCAGCUGAUGAGCUUGUUCAGAGGCAUCGCAUCCACAGCUCACACUGUCGCCAGGAUUCCCCAACUAAGCGCCCUGCACUCUGUAUUCAGAAAAGACAUUCGAGUGGCAGUAUGGAUGACCGACCAUCACUAUCUGCCAGGGACUAUGUGGAGUCACUGCAUCAGAACUCCCGAGCCACACUCCUCUAUGGCAAAAACAACGUCCUGGUGCAGCCACGAGAUGACAUGGAAGCAAUCCCAGGAUAUCUGUCCCUUCACCAGACUGCUGACAUCAUGGCACUGAAAUGGACUCCCAAUCAGCUGAUGAAUGGCUCUGUUGGGGAUCUGGAUUAUGAGAAGAGCUUGGGCAUCAGCCUAAGCUCUAAAACUUCCCAGUGUCAAGAUGUGAUCAAAGAAGAGAGGAGCCAGAUGACAAAUGUGUACUGGGAUUAUGCCAUGACUAUUCGUCUAGAGGAAAUUGUCUAUUUGCACUGCCACCAGCAAGUAGACAGUGGUGGGACAGUCGUCUUGGUGAGCCAAGAUGGGAUUCAGAGGCCUCCACUGAGAUUCCCCAAAGGGGGACACUUACUGCAGUUCUUGUCCUGCCUGGAAAAUGGCCUCCUACCCCAUGGGCAGCUGGAUCCACCCCUCUGGUCGCAGCGGGGAAAGGGGAAGGUGUUUCCCAAGCUGAGGAAGCGAAGUCCCCAGGGCUCCUCCGAGUCUGCGUCUGACAAAGAAGAUGAGGAAGCCACAGAUUAUGUUUUCAGAAUAAUCUACCCAGGGACACAGUCCGAGUUUGUCCCGCAGGACCUGAUGGACACACAGGGUAGUGGCCUGCCUCCCAUGUGGCAACCUAGCACUCGCAAGUCCUCCUGUUCCUCCUGCUCUCAGAGUGGCUCUUCUGAUGGUGGGCCAUCCAAUGGCUGCAGCCACGAAAGAGCCCCACUGAAGCUCCUAUGUGACAAUAUGAAGUACCAGAUCCUCUCCCGAGCUUUCUAUGGAUGGCUGGCCUACUGCAGACACCUGUCCACAGUGCGAACUCACCUGUCUGCAUUGGUUAACCACAACAUUGUGUCUCCUGAUGUGCCCUGCAACGCUAGCUCUGGACUGACUGUGGACAUAUGGCAGAGAUACCUGCAGGACAGCACGAGUUACGAGGACCGAGAGCUGCUGCGGCUGAUCUACUAUGGUGGGAUCCAGCAUGAGAUCAGGAAGGCUGUCUGGCCUUUCCUUUUGGGCCACUAUCAGUUUGGGAUGACAGAGGCGGAAAGGAAAGAGGCUGAUGACCAGAUCCGCACCUGCUACGAGCAUACCAUGGCAGAGUGGCUGGGCUGCGAGGCCAUCGUCCGGCAGAGGGAGAAGGAGUCACAUGCAGCAGCUCUGGCCAAGUGCUCUUCUGGGGCAAGUCUAGAUUCCCACAUUCAGAGGAUGAUGCACAGAGAUUCGACUAUAAGCAACGAGUCUUCUCAAAGCUGCAGCUCUGGCCGACAGAAUCACGCCCGGCUGCAGAGCGACUCCAGCUCCAGCACACAGGUGUUUGAAUCAGUUGAUGAAGUGGAACAGACUGAAGCAGAUGCUCAAGUGGAAGAUGGCAAACAAAGCAAGAUCCCCAAUGGGACAGUUCCCAAUGGCAUGUAUUCCCCUGACUCUGGCCAUCCCUCUUCCCAGAACUUCUCCAUCACAUCAGGAUUCUCGGAACGCAGCUUCAGCAAUGAAGACAGCGCCCUGGAAACCAACAAAUCCUCAGCCAGUUCCCAGGGGAAGGCCAGCGGGUCUGAUGUGCCAGCCCCACAGAACUCAGACAGCGCUCUGCAGGAGGACAAGCUGCAGGGCCAAGACAGCCUAGAAGGUGAAUUUCCCACCAGCGGAGGCGUGGACUUUGUUCGAAUAGGCGAGAGCUCAGUGGGAGUACUGCAGGAUCGUAAUGCUGUGGCCCUAACUGUGGUAGAGAGCUGGACAGACAGUGAAGCUGAAAAGCAAAGCUUGGUGGAGAGUGAAGAUAACCUGUCUGAGGAGCCAGAGAUGGAGAGUUUGUAUCCACAGCUGGAUUCACUGGCUGUAGCCAAUAUGGCUAACAGCGAAGUGUCUCCUGUCUCCUCAACGGGUGUUACCUACUCUCCAGAGCUGUUGGACAUGUACACUGUGAACCUGCACCGCAUUGAGAAGGAUGUGCAGCGCUGCGACCGUAACUACUGGUACUUCACCCCUGCCAACCUGGAGAAACUCCGCAACAUCAUGUGCAGCUACAUCUGGCAGCACAUUGAGAUCGGCUAUGUGCAGGGGAUGUGUGACCUGCUAGCCCCUCUCCUGGUCAUCCUGGAUGACGAGGCUCUGGCUUUCAGCUGUUUCACUGAGCUUAUGAAGAGGAUGAAUCAGAAUUUCCCCCAUGGGGGAGCCAUGGACACCCACUUUGCUAACAUGAGAUCUCUGAUCCAGAUUCUAGACUCUGAGCUAUUUGAGCUGAUGCAUCAGAAUGGUGAUUACACUCACUUCUACUUCUGCUACCGAUGGUUUCUCCUGGACUUCAAGAGAGAACUGGUGUAUGAUGAUGUAUUUGCUGUCUGGGAGACCAUCUGGGCAGCUGCACACAUUUCCUCUGCACACUAUGUGCUCUUCAUAGCCCUGGCUUUGGUGGAAAUGUACCGGGACAUCAUCUUGGAGAACAAUAUGGAUUUUACAGACAUCAUCAAGUUUUUCAAUGAAAUGGCUGAGCGGCACAACACCAAGCAGAUCCUGAAGCUGGCUCGUGACCUUGUGUAUAAAGUGCAGACUCUGAUUGAGAACAAAUGAAGGACCUGGGGAAGAUGAGGCAUCCAGAAGAGCCGGGACUCCCCUCCGACACUUCCUCCCCUCUCCUUUUUCUUGAAGUGCCACACCUGUGGAAAUAAGGUAGCUGGACACAUACUGCUCUCUAAAGUGGAAGUACCCUUAGUUCUCAAAAUGCUGUGUUCAGUGUUAGAUCAGGGGGCCCCGGCUCCGUUCUUCUCAGCAUUCUUCAGUGACUUAACCAAAGAUCUGUACAAUUGCAUUUUAAUGUUAAAGACUUGCUUUGGAAGCAGAACCCAGGCAGUCACUUCCUUGCCUUGCUGCAAUAGAAGUGCAGCCCGUGUGGUUACCACUACAACUGCAAAAGCAGUUGCCAGCAUCCCAGGUCAGAGCUUGGGGUCUGGGAGAGCAGUACUGCCAGCCCUCCUUGGGGCUGACUUAGGCUCAACAGCCUUUGUUGCAAGGAAAUAAAGCUGCUUCCUUUAACAGCAGUUGCUCUGUGGCACAGGGAACCCAGCCAGCCGUGCAAGCCCAGGCAAGACAGGGAUGCUCUCAGUACUCUUUUUUCCUGCUAGCGUUACGAGGUUCUACCAGUAACAGAGAUGGAUUUGGAUUUUGAUCACAGAAGUUCUUCUUUUUUGAUCUCUCCUUGGUGCAUAGCAUCCCCUUUAAAUUUUU